AUGGGAGUCCUAAGCUGUAUAAGACCGCCGGCUGUGGAGGCUAAUAAUUUUGAGAUUAAGCCGGCGAUCUUGCGAAUGGUGCAGUCCACUGUCCAGUUUGGUGGUUUUCCUUCUGAAGACCCCCAUAUGCACUUGGCGAAUUUCUUGGAGUUGUGUGAUACCUUCAAAUACAAUGGGGUCAGUGAUGAUUCUAUAAGGUUGAGACUCUUCCCAUUUUCUCCGCGGGAGAGAGCUAAGAGCUGCCUUAAUUCACUGCAGGCAAACUCUAUUAAUAUGUGGCAAGACCUUGCUCAAAAAUUCUUGGCCAAGUUUUUCCCUCCCUCGAAGGCUGCUAAAUUGAGGGGAGAAAUUAAUAACUUCUAUCAGAUGGAUGAGGAGUCAUUAUAUGAUGCUUGGGAAUGUUUCAAGGAGCUAUUAAGGAAAUGUCCCCAUCAUGGUAUAGAAAAGUGGAUGUUGGUCCACAAUUUUUACAAUGGGCUGUGUGGUACAACAAGAACAAUUAUUGAUCCUGCAGCUGCUGAGGCAUUCAUGAGUAAGAGUGCCAACGAAGCUUAUGAACUGUUAGAGGACAUGGACACAAACAAUCAUCAGUGGUCUGAUGAGAGGUCAUCUGGGGUUAGAAAGGUAGCUGGGGUACAUGAACCUAAUGCAAUUACUGUUCUGACAGCACAAUGUCCUACUAGUAAUAAUAAUAACAUUCCUAUGGACCAAGCUCAGGUUCAAGCUGUGGGAAAUUUUCAGAGGCCAUUCAACAAUCCAUUCUCCAACGCUUACAAUCAUGGAUGA